AUGGAAGGGGAAGAGGACAAAGUUUACAUCCAAGUAGGAGCACGUGUGUUAGUACACGGAAAAUACGCUGGGAUCGUACGAUACAUUCCUGAAAGCACUGCACUUGUGGGUGUUGAGCUUACUCGACCUCGCGGCGAGAGUGAUGGGACCACAAAAGAUGGUACCCGUGUUUUUACAUGCAAGCCAUUACAUGGUCUCUUUGUCCGUGAGGAGCAACUUCGUCCUUUUUCCGAGCACGAUAAAGCAGCUUGUGUGCUGCAAAGUGUCUGGCGACGGUAUGGCGCGUCGCAAAAGUUUCGCCACCUUGUAUUCUCCCACGCGUGGAAUUUGCUGGACAAUACACAAGAACAACUAAAUCUUAGACGCUCGGAACAGUUGAAAUCAGCGGAACAUACACUGGCGCAAUUAACAAAAAAACAGUCUCUUAAUCGAACAGUAUCCGAAGUGGCUGUAGCAGAGAUUAUUGUCGAGCCGGAAUAUGAAGGACCUCAUCUCAUUUGGCCAUUAGAGCUAUCAAAUGUGUUGAAGAUCCUGAGUUCGUUCAAAACCACAACUAUCUUUCACCACAAAUAUGUGCUUCAAGUUCUUAAAGAAGGUGUCAAGUCGUUGGCUCCACUGCCAACUUUGCAAGAAAUAACACUUGUCGAAGGUGAGAAACUCACAGUGGUAGGAGAUCUUCACGGUCAAUUGCAGGAUCUGUUUUCAAUCUUUUCUAUUAACGGACUCCCAACUCGCACCAACAAGUAUCUUUUUAAUGGGGAUUUUGUGGACAGAGGAAUGUAUGGCGUUGAAGUCGUCAUGACAAUUCUAUUAUUCAGACUCUUGUACCCGACUAGUGUGUUUUUAAACCGCGGAAAUCACGAAUCUAGAAACCAAAACUCGUGGAUGGGAUUCGAAGACGAAGUGUGGGACAAAUAUUCUGCAGGAACUACCGACGAUCUCGAUCGCCCAGCGUGCGUCUUUGAGUGUUUUCAGACUUUUUUUGAGUCGAUUCCACUCUGUGCAGUGCUACAGCAAAAAGUCUUUGUAGUGCAUGGUGGUCUCUUCUCGCGUGACAAUGUAACAUUGGCACAUUUACGUAAAAUUUCACGAAAACGUGAACCCCCUCUUCACGAAUCAAGUUUUGAAGAUAAAAUAUUUGAAGACAUGCUAUGGAGUGAUCCACGUAUGAUCCAAUCUCGUCAACCAUCGGAGCGGGGGGCUGGCGUCGAGUUUGGUGUCAGUGUCACGAAUAAUUUCUGUCUCGUCAACAAGAUUGCUUUAAUCAUUCGUUCUCAUGAAUGUGUUAUUGAAGGGUUCGAAAUUCUUCACGGAGGUCGAUUAAUUACGUUGUUUUCUGCUUCCAGAUAUUGUGGAACGCAAAUGAAUAAAGGUGCUUUUCUGACGCUAGGUCCGGAUCUUCAUCCAGAGAUUCAGCAAUUUUAUGCUCAUUCGAUUAAUGAAACCACUUUCAAAGCGCCAGAGCCAGCUCAGUUGCAGGGACUAUUGGAGGAGGAUACGUUGCGGAUGAUUGCAGAACGAAUUUGCGAUCACAAGGCGUCACUUUACUGGUACUUUACCCAGCAUGAUGACGAGCAGAACGGAUCAGUCUCGCGCUUGAUUUGGGCAGAAGCUCUGCGCUCGGUAUUGCAAUUGGAUUUACCUUUUCUCACUUACCAACCCAAACUUGCAGAUGAAACAUUGGGACGCAUUAAUUACUCGCGCUUUUUAUCUCGCUAUCGCAUAGAAAAUGAUGCCAUGGACAAUAGUGGAUGGCAAGAAAGUAUCAUUGCUCUGAUUUGCAAGAAACUGUAUCGUGCUAUGGGUGCUGGUGAUAUGCAACAAGCGUUUAAAGUCUUUGAUACGGACUCGAGCGGCUUCAUUGAAUACGAAGAGUUUCUAAAUACACUCAAACAGAUGGAUACAGGUCUGUCCGACCAGCAAGUUUUUGCGCUCAUGCGUACAGCCGAUACGAAUGAUGAUGGACGCAUUGAUUUUAAUGAGUUUGCACAUCGUUUUGAAGUCAUUUUCACGGAUUUGGGUUCAAGUCAGGAGUCAUCACCAAGAGCAGACCCAGGUCAGACACCAAUGGAAAUUUCAACAGAUGAAGAAGCAGCAGCUGAGAUCGAGCCCAUUUUCACACGGCGAGUGUCACCAGGAGAAGACCAAUCGACGUUCACGCCGCAACCCGCAAGUAAUCUUGACGUCGAGACAAUGGGAGCAUUGUUACAAAUUGGCAAGGCGUUAUUUGCCCGUCCCGGGUCAUUACAAUAUCAUUUCUACCACUUUGAUAAGAAUCAGGAUGGAGUUUUGUCGCAUCGUGAGUUUGAGCUUGCGCUAAAGCAACUAGGAUUUGAUUUUGAGCCAAGUCUCUUGUAUCGUGUCAUGGCUGCUGUAGACCGUGAUGGCGGCCGUUCGAUUGACUAUAAGGAGUUUGUAACGGCAUUUAGCAUCCAAGAUCUUAAGGAGCAGGAAACGCUUCAUUCAGGCGACUUGACGUGGCAAAACUCUGUCUUACAGCAAGUGUCGAAUGUACUUUACCAACAUCGUAUCCAUAUUCGUAACGCGUUUCGAAUGUUCGAUGCAAAGAAUAGCGGCUUUAUCAGUCGUACUGAUUUUCGCACAGCUAUUCGGACUUUCAAUGUUGUUCUCAACUCGCCAUUGUCGGACGAUCAGAUUGAGGAAUUACUCAACUAUCUAGAUAGUGACCAAGACGGUGUCAUUAGCUAUAAGGAAUUUUUUGAUGGAUUCCGAGUAGUGGAUGUUCGUGUAAAUGACGACAAAGAGAACGAGGCUGAAGCUGGAACCGUUUGA